UAUAUGUAUAUCUAUGUAUCGAUGGUGGAGGCGAUGGGGUCGGCUCAGGAUCUCGAUACCAUCUAUUUCCUCGUUUCUUUCAUGCCCGCCUCUCAUCUCCUUAUCUCUCUCUCUGUCUUCUUCAGGUGACCAAAGGGAUCUCGUGUUUCUUGACUUGAGACAUUUAUGCUCAUGAGGCAAGGCUUUUUCAGAAGUGAAGUGAAGGAAGGAGAAAAGGUUAUGAGAAAACUCAAUUUUUAAGAAGAUGACAAUGUCUCUUACUAAAAAGAAACAGAAGACAAUCACAGUACACCCAGAAGUUGAAGAUGGGGAUCUUGAAGGAUUGGAAGAUAUGAGAGAAUAUUGUGAUCAACAUAUUUACAAAGCGACAAUCACUGCAGAUCCAUUAAUAAAUCCAAAUGAUUAUAUGGUUGUGGUCAUUUAUUUACAUUGUUGGAAAAUAGCCAUUAUAAGUCCCGGGAGAGAUAAUAUUUGGAGAAAAAUUGAUCCAGAUGAAGAAAUAUUUAGUGAUAUAUUGUUCAAUAGCAAUAAGUUUUAUUUUCUUAAUCAUAAUCAUGACACUCUUUCAUCUUAUGAUAGUCGUGAGCCAUACUGUGGUACAAAAGUAACUUGGAAUAAUUCUGACAAUUGGUUUGGUAUCAAGUCUUAUAUUGUGAAGUCAUUUGAGGGAGAUAUUUUACAAGUGUUAAGACGUUGUGAAUGGGAAGAUAGUUUGACAAUACGACGUACUACAAAAGUAAAUAUUUUUAAAUUGGAUUUUGUUGAUGGAGGAGUAAAAAGGGUUAUAGUUAAAAGUCUAGGAGAUGCUGCUCUCUUUCUAGGAGAUAACUCUUCAAUAUAUGUGCGUGCAUCAAACUUUCUUGGAUGUAAAUCAAAUUGCAUCUAUUUCAGUCAUGACACUGAUUUAAUCUCAUACGGUCCUCAGGGAGUUCCUUGUGAUUGUGGCAUCUACAAUCUCGGAGAUAACAGCUAUAAAAAAUUUACAUUAUUAUUAGAUGAUGAAGAUUCAACAAUAAUUUCAAAAAUGGAGGCCCAACCACCCAUAUGGAUUCAACCUACCUUGAAUUUAUGAUUUAUAUUUUUUUUAUUAUUUAAUUAAUAUUGAUAUUAUUGGCACGACUACUAUGCAGGGGUCCACCCAAGUAUUGGACAGCUUGGGCCAUUGCACAAGGCUCCCUCUUUUUUAAGGCCUACUUUCUUUUUUUUUGUUCUUUUUUUGAAAAAAAGCCUAUUUUUCUACUUUUUCGAGAAAUUAUAGUAAACAGUCCCAAUUCAUAAGACUAUGUUAAUAAAUGUUCUCAUUUCAAAACUUGUAGCAAAUGACUCUUUUAAAUUAUUUAUUAUGUAUAUUGUCUUAUUCCAUAUAAAAAAAAAAAAAUCAAUAAUUUUUUUUUCAUAUUUUUUUUUUAUAAUUAGAAGCAAAUUACUUAAUGAUUAUAGUAUAUCUAUAUUAGUUUUGUUAAAAUAUUUUUUAUUUGAAACUUAUGUCGAUUUUUUAAUUUUUGAUGAGCUGUUGUGGGUUGUUGGUAUAUGGAUUUUGUUGUACAAUAUAUUUCUGUUUUAUUGUAUAGUAUAUUAUCAUUCUUAGAUGAUAUUUAUUUUUUAUUUUGCUAUAUAUAAUCGUAGUAUAUAAUUUUAUUAGCAUAAUACAAAUAUUUUAAUGUAUGUAUAUAAUUUUAUUACUAUAGUAUAUAUAUGUAAUUAUUAUUUUUAUAUAUUUUAAUUGUAUGAUAUAUAUUUAUUUUAAAUAAUAUUUAGUUAGUUUCUAUUUUACUAUACACAAUGGUGGUAUAUAAUCUUAUUGUCAUAGUAUAUAUAUUUUAAUUGUGGUAUAUAAUUUGGUCAGUAUAGUAUACACAUAUAUAUAUAUUAUUAUUAUUAUUGUUAGUAUAUAUAUUUUGAUGAAUAGUUUAUAUAUUUUUUGUUAUACGGCAUAUCAUUUUUUUUAAAUAAUAUUUAUAUUUUAUUUUUUAUUGUAUUUUUGUUGACAUGAUAUAUA